CGAAUUUUUUUAUUUGAUAGACCUAAUGGAAAUCGCUUUUUCUUUUUUUUUCUUUUUUUUAUCAUUGUGCAUUUAUUCGGACAUUGAAAAGAAGGUCUAAAUGUCGUCAGGCAACUAUUUCUGUUUCUCAGACACGCUGUCAAACACAACAGCACCCGAUGGCGUCAUGUUUCACGCGUGACGUCUGUGGAUGUGAUGCAUGUGGAUGUGGAGUAACUGUCCAUGGUGCUGAAGCCGCCGCAGCGUCGGGAUGCGCGUUCCGGAGUCGCGAGGCGUCAAUGCGCGCAUCUUUUGAGCUCGUGUUUCUAUACUUUACAUCCAUAGCAGACUCAAAACAGUGUCGGAAUGCUGCUCAACGACACCUUCAAGAACCUGGAGGAUGGUUUAUAUCUGUUAAACUCCUCCAGCAACGAGACGCAUAGCGCGGAUUCUCACGGCAGCAGCGCGAUCUUCAUCUCCUUCAUCUAUUCCGUGGUGUGUCUGGUGGGACUCUGUGGGAACUCGAUGGUGAUUUAUGUGAUCUUUAGGUAUGCAAAGAUGAAAACUGCGACCAACAUCUACAUUUUGAACUUGGCGAUCGCGGAUGAGUUACUCAUGUUAAGUGUGCCCUUCUUAGUCACCUCUUCUUUACUUCAUCACUGGCCCUUUGGUUCGCUCCUGUGUCGUUUGGUUUUAAGUGUUGAUGCCAUCAACAUGUUCACCAGCAUCUAUUGUCUCACCGUGUUGAGUAUUGACCGCUACAUCUCCGUGGUGCAUCCCAUCAAAGCGGCGCGGUACCGGAGACCCACCAUCGCCAAAAUGGUCAACUUAGGAGUCUGGAUGUUCUCCAUCCUGGUCAUCCUGCCCAUCAUCAUCUUCUCCACCACUGCACCCAACUCUGACGGAUCGGUGGCUUGCAACAUGCAGAUGCCGGAGCCUGAGCGUCAGUGGAUGGCUGUGUUUGUGAUCUACGCCUUUCUGAUGGGCUUUCUCUUCCCGGUCAUUGCAAUAUGCAUGUGCUACAUCCUCAUCAUAGUGAAGAUGCGGGUGGUCGCGUUGAAAGCGGGCUGGCAGCAGCGCAAAAAGUCCGAGAGGAAGAUCACACUGAUGGUGAUGAUGGUGGUGACAGUGUUCGUGAUUUGCUGGAUGCCUUUUCACAUCGUGCAGCUGGUGAGCGUGUUCGUCCAGCAGCACAAUGCCACUCUCAGUCAGCUGGCUGUGAUUUUGGGAUAUGCCAACAGCUGUGCCAACCCCAUACUGUACGGAUUCCUGUCGGACAACUUCAGACGCUCCUUCCAGCGGAUUUUAUGCCUCCGAUGGUGGGAGAACGCCACGGAGGAGCCCAUAGAUUACUAUGCCACGGCUCUGAAGAGUCGAGGAUACAGUGUGGAUGACUUUCAGCCGGACAAUCUGGAAUCGGAUAGCACGUACAGGAACGGCACCUGCACAUCCAGAACUACGACUAUGUAGGAUUCUGUAUUGCAGCAUGGAACUUUUGUUGUUAGGCCUAUGUGUUGUCAUUUGAAUAUUUUUAUUUUUUUUUGUAUUGGUAAGACUUAUAAAUAACUUUAAUUAUAUACACUAUUUGAUCAUAUAAUGCUUAGUCAGAAGUGAAUGUGCAUUUGCUAUGAAUGCGCAUGAAAUUUCAGAUAAACAUUCAGGGGUCGGGAACCGUUUUUGACCAAAGAUUUUUUUUUUAUCCAGGUUAAUGCAUUUUUCCAAAUAUAGCAUUUAUAUAUAUACUCAGAUGGUAACUCCCAGUGAAAGCCCUGCACAAUGGAUUCCAUAUUGCAACUUGUUUAUUGUUUGUUGCAUAUUUAUUUGUUUUCAGUAAUGGACCUAAUAAAUGUACUAUUGAAAUGGUGAGUGCGCAAAUAUGAAAAUAUACAACAAAUAUGCAAUAAACUAUUUGCAAUAUAGAAUUAAUUGUGCAUGGCUUUCACUGGGUGUUUCCGAGUCUUACAAAUCCUCUUCUUCUUCUUGUGAGUGAGUGAGUGAGUGAGUGCUACGUGAAUACUCGAAUACUCACACAGGUGGGCGUUUUGACACAUGCUGUGGGUAGGCUAGGCUACUAUUCUUGUCCAUGUUCGGCUCGGAGCGCGCGCUGAAAUCAUCCUGUCAGUUGCAGAAAAGUCUCUUGGCACAGCACCAGUUUCAAUAAAAUGAUAUGUUUCAGUCCAGUCACUGAUAGCCUAUUUAUACAUUUUCGCUGCGGUUCUAAUAGUUUCCACCUUUACCACUAACACGCUUUGCUUGAAUCUGAGUGCAGGAGCUCUAUAUGAGUGUUAUUGUGACACUCGGACCCCACUGCACACGCACUGUUGCCUACAACUUCAAAAAUAUUAUUAGCCUAUUCUAAAAUUUUCUUUUCAAUAACUUCGGUAGGUAGCCUACAACAUAGGAAUUGUAAUUGGUUGUUUUUUUUCUGCAGAAAGCUGAAUUGAUGUGAACUGAUCUCUAUUGAUGUGUCCAAUUUUUUUUUAAUUGAUCAUUUAUUGGGAAAUUGUGGCUCCCAUAUCGGGUAGGUUCCCGACCGCUGCAUAUGUUGACUUAUGAAUGAAAGUUAUUAGACAGUAUGUCGAUAUGGAAAUAAUGUGUGACGUUCAGAUAAAAAAAAGGAAAGAAAUAUCCACAGCCAAAUAUUUAGAUGCUAUUUGAAAUGGAAUAAAACGGAGGGGGAUUUAGUGUGCACUCUCAGUGUAUUAUGUGAUCAAACCUGAAUUGUAUGUUCUGAAGGAUAUGAUAGGCUCGCAAAGCAGGAACAAAACAAUGCUAUAGUUUUCGGGUUUUAUGUUUUGGUUCUGUUGAAUGAAAUCAGAGCCGCUUUGCUUUGUCAUGACACUCAGUCAAAAGUAUGCAAAUAUAUGAAGGAAAGUCAGAAGACUAAUCAAAAUGCAGUAUGCAAAUAUGAAGUUUUGAAUCCAGUUCUAUCAGUGUUUGGUCAGUGAACGUUUUUCAACAUUUAAUGCUAUUUUGUUGUUGUUGUUAAAGUGUUAAGUUGACCAAAAAAAA